AAAAAAAUAAGGAGUUCAAAUGGAAGGAAAAAAUAUUCAAAAUAUGAAAAAAAAUUAUGUCAAAAAAGCCGUGCCUCCAGAUGGUGGAUGGGGAUGGGUGGUUUGCCUCGGAUGUGGUUUAAUAUCGUUAUCUCUAAGGUCUCUGGAUCCAUCCUUUGGACUACUUUUUGGUGACCUUCUGCGAGAUCUGAAAAUCGAUUCUGUCAGAACUUCUGUCAUUAUAAGUGUACUCGAUGCUAACAUCAACUUUUCAGGUCUAUUCGUUGGAUACCUGUUGAAAAAAUAUUCCUACAGGAAGGUUGCAUUUUUUGGCUCUUUGUUAAAUAGCAUAGGUCUAAUUUUGACCUCUAGAGCCUCAAGCCUCUCCCACAUUAUUAUAACUUACAGUAUUAUAGGAGGAUUGGGUACUGGAGUAUCACUUGCAUCAUCUUUUGUGGCACUGAAUAGUUUUUUCGUAAAGAGACGAGGACAAGCUCUAGGUUUUUCAAUGGCUGGAACAUCUUUAGGAAUGAUGCUCAUGCCCCAGGUUGUCCAGAUUCUUCUCAGAAUUUAUGGAUUUCGUGGAACGACAUUGCUAAUUGGAGGUAUUUCUUUACAUUCUUUAGCUGGAGCAUGUCUUUUAAGUCCAGUUCCUCUUAAGAGAGUUGAAGAAAAGAUCGCCAAAAGCUUAGAAUCGAGUGAAGAUUCUUCGACUCAGAUAAUACCAACAUUUCAAGAAGAUGACCCACUGUUGAAGCGAAAUAAUGAAAAUGAUACAAAAGUUGAAAUAUCAUCUCUAUCGAAUGACAAAAUAAAAAAUUUAAACUUCCCCAGGAAGAAAUCUUAUUUCGAAAUACUGAAAGAUUUGUUAGGAUUGAAUUUUUUAUCAGAUUUAACUUAUAUGAAUAUUAUGAUCGGAUUGUGUCUUAUUUACGUGGCAGAUACCAAUUUUAAACUCAUUACACCAUUUUUCUUGAUCAACAUCGGAUUGACGAAAAAGGAAGUUGCUUUCUGCCUCUCUCUCACUGCUUUCAUGAACAUUUUGGCUCGCCUCUUCUUACCAACACUUUUUGAAAAGCUUGGAUUCAAAAAAAGAUCAAUUGUUUGGAUUUGCUCUCUCCUACUCGGAAUCGGUCGUUCAGUUUUUGCAGAAGGAUCCCACAACACAUCUUUACUAGUUGUUACGGCAUUUAUAGGGUUUCUACGUGGUGUGAUUACAGUAAAUUUGAAUUUGAUAAUUUCGGAGAAAUGUUCUCUGGAAAUUUUGCCAUACGCUUUUGGAUUCUUCAUGGUACUCAAGGGCACUUUUGUCGUCUUCCUAAGUCCGCUAAUCGGCUACGUGAGGGAUGUUACCAGCAGUUACAGAGUUUGCAUUCAUCUGAUGACAGGUGUGAUUCUUUUGUCUUUCAUUAUUUGGGGAAUUGAAUUUUUCUACGAGAAAGUGAACCUCCUGAGAAGAAGAAAAGAAAAUGUUUUAAAUAAAAAUAACAAUUAUAGAACCAUUUGGUGCAAUCGAUCUCUACUGAGCAACAGUAAUUGCGAUACAACUCUAAUGGACAUCGUUAUAUACUAUAGAAUUCCAUUGCGCAGCAUUAUAUGCAGAACAACUCUAUUGCGCAGAACUAGGUGUGAUGUACCUCUAUUGCGCAGAGGUAUGUGUGAUAUAACUCUAUUGCGCAACAUUAGGUGUGAUAUACCUCUAUUGCGCAGAGGUAUGUGUGAUAUAACUUUAGAGCGCAGCAUUACGUAA